CAUCCAACUAGAAAGGUCGACAAGAAGACAGAGAGAGAGAGAGGAGAUUUAACUCUAAAUUGUUUUCGAAAACGAGUUUAUCGUUUUAUCUGUGAUUUUAUCAAUUAAUAAACCUUUUAAUUAACUUAAUUCCAAUAUUUUGACCUUUAUCUUUUUAGACAAAUCAAUGAAUUUCGAUCUUUUUAGUUCUCAUUUGGUUCAUUCGCCAUCUUCAUCUCUUGAUGUCAACAUGUCUUUUUAUUGUGAAUCUCCAGCAGCAAUAAUCAACAAUCAAGUUCAUUUGAUACCAGAAAAUCAUCAUAAUAGAAACCGAGUCAACAAUUUAACUUAUCGAGAUCCAAUGUACUCAUCAAUUCCAGCAAUUCCUUCAAUUCUUAAUCGUCCAGUGAAUAAUCAAAGUACAAAUUGUUUACCUUACAAUCAUCAUCAUCAUCAUCACCCUCAUCUAAACGUAUCAACAUCGCCAUUAGUUUAUAAUCAACAACAAAGAUUUCAACAUCAUCUUAAUCAUCCUAAUCAAUAUUACAAUCUAAAUUAUCAAUCAUAUCAACAACAACAACAACAACAACAGCAACAAUCACAACAACAACAACCACAGCAAUAUCAUCCUCAUCAUCAUCUUCAUCAUCGUCCACAUCAGUAUCCUAAACAAUUUGGUGACAAUGAUAAUUUUCAAAUUUAUCACAACGUAAAUCAGCAACAAUUUAAUUACAAUGAAUCACCAAUGGACGUAAAUAAUUUGGAAAUCAAUUGUGUUACGGUUGAGAUUAAUGAUUCAAGUAAUGAAGCUCAGGUUUACUCAGUGGAAACCGAUGAUGGCCAGAAAGUUGAUCCAUCACCAUCAUCAUUAUCAUCAUCUUCAUCUAAUCAGAAUGUUUUAUCGGCUUACAAUCAACAGCCGAAGCAACAACAACAACAGCAACACCAAAAACAACAACAACAACAACAACCGAAUCUCCUUCAAUACGGUAAAGAAAAUUUCUUAUACCCUGAUUUUAAUUUCCAUCAUCAAAUACAACAAUCGGCUACAGUAAAUUCAGAUGUUAAUCAUAAGAAUGACAGUUACAAUAUUUCGACGAUCAAUAACAACCAACGGGAAUAUACUAAUGGCUCUAACAACGAUAAUGAUCGAGCACCAGCAUCAAACUGCACCACAAAUGAUGAUGAAAGUGAUGGAAUCCCUGAAGACAUUUUGGAAAUUAUCGAAAGUCUGGAAGAGGAAAGUUCCGAAUCUGAAAGAGCAGCAAUUAAUGUUAAUCGUCAAAGAUCAGUUUCAGAUUGGAUCAGUUAUCUAAAAUCGGACUAAUUUGAUUGAAAAGUUCUCCGUGAUUAGAUGAUUGUCCUCAAAAAUAACCACCACAUUAAUCUCAAACUCUGGUUACAAUAAAGAUGAGAAAAUUUUUUAUAAGCAUUAAAAUUGAUUCACUUAAUCAUA